AAUAUCUUGUAUUGAUCUCAGCAAUAAAGCAAGAACGGUAAGGUUCAGAUUGUCUCAGCUAGAAUAAUGUUGAACUGUUGACAUAUUUCGUCAAGAAAGUUAAUGGCUCACGCUGAACUGUCGAUGUUUGUUGUAUAGGUGAUAGUAAAGGUCGCAAGCUCGCUAAACCGCACGAGUUUGGUAAAGUUCCAACCAACAGCGCGAUAAGUUACUUGUACCAGUGUUGUACUUGUGUUUACCAGUGAUGUAUUUGUGCUGUACUUGUGUUGUACCAGUGCUCUACUUGUGUUGUACUUGUUUCAUACAAGUCAGAGAGGAAGUUUCAACAGUUGUGUUUUAUGGUCAAAUUCCUCCAGCUUGUUUGAUGGCGAGUGACAGUGUUUGAAAAUUGACAAGACACCUAGCUGGCCUGGUGCAAACCAGAAACUCACUUGCGUAGCAGCUGUCUACAAAAGCUCUCGACAAAAGCUGUCUACAAAAGAUCUCUAUGUGUCGCUUAGUGACAUAUGUGUCUUUUAUUUAUUGUUUAAAACCAAAGGUUUAAUUUAAAAACAAUUUAUUCACCAUAUCUAAGUGUAAGUGUUAGAAUUUUACCUUGGGGAAAAUCUUAUUUUGGCAUGCGCUUCAAGAAUUUGACCAUAAAACACAACUGUUGAAACUCCUCUCUGACACACAUACACUAGAAAAAUACGAACGUAAAGCAAUAAUUCACCAUCACCCUUCACUCACAAAACUAAAGUUUACUCAGACUGCCUCAGUAGACGGCAGACAAACAAUUGGAGUUUACUCACAUCUCACGCCCUUAAGUCACUGCGAUUCUCAACACUAUCUCCACGAGUGAGAAUUUGAAUCUUUGCUGGCUCAAAUUUGGAGAUCAGUGGAGCGGGUCCCCUUUAUCGGACAAGUUCAUACAAAUUAAAUGUUUGAGUUAAAAUAAAAGUUAUAUAAGUUUUCCUCUAGCAUCGAUUUUGAAUUGAAGACUAUUUGAGGUAUGUAUUCCUAUAGUCUUUUAUUCAUCGUUAUUUGCAUUUCAUCAUAAAUAUAAAAAUGAAAAUUGGAGCAUUUUUUUUAGUUCUGCGUUAUACACCUUUAUUGCUUAUUUGUGUGCAAAGAAAGAAUUUUGUAAGUUUGUAUCAUGCACACAAUGUUGUCUGCUUAUGAGCCGUUUAGCACUUGAUGAUUUUAUAAACUGUUUGGGGGUGGGGGGAGUUAAAUUUGCUUCCUUGAAUUCUUAUAUCAAAACCAUCUUUAAAAUACGAGAUUGCUUUUAGAACACAAUAACCCAAUUUGUACGUUCCAUUUUAACAUUGGAAGCUGAUUUUCUGUAACUUAUUAAAAAAAAUUCAGCUUUACAAUUUCAUGGCUAAAUUGGGCAUUAUCGACAAAAGGGUAUAUCAGAAAUUGGGCAUUAUCGACAAAAGGGUAUAUCAGAAAUUGGGCAUUAUCGACAAAAGGGUAUAUCAGAAAUUGGGCAUUAUCGACAAAAGGGUAUAUCAGAAAUUGGGCAUUAUCGACAAAAGGGUAUAUCAGAAAUUGGGCAUUAUCGACAAAAGGGUAUAUCAGAAAUUGGGCAUUAUCGACAAAAGGGUAUAUCAGAAAUUGGGCAUUAUCGACAAAAGGGUAUAUCAGAAAUUGGGCAUUAUCGACAAAAGGGUAUAUCAGAAAUUGGGCAUUAUCGACAAAAGGGUAUAUCAGAAAUUGGGCAUUAUCGACAAAAGGGUAUAUCAGAAAACACACUUUAGGCUCCUAAAAAAAACAUGAACUUUUUAUUUCCUGCUACACACCUACAGGUUUCAAGUGACACACCUAAACCAUGCAGACGACUAGAAACCGACCGAAAGUGAUUUUCUGAUUUCGGCCGAAGCCGAAAAAAGGCCGACAGUUUAAAAUGAAUUUCGGCCGAAACCGAAAAAAUGCCGAAAGUAUAAAAAUGACUUUCAGCCGAAACCGAAAAAAGGCCGAAAGUUAUGAAUUUUGGCCGAAAUCGAAGCCGAAACCGAAGCCGAAGCCAAAAAUGAAAUAUUUAGAUAUUUUGAAAUUCGUUCCCGAAUACAUUCUGCAUACAUCGAAAAUGAUGCGGGAAAUUAUAAAUAUUUAUAUUCUUUUUAUAAAAAUUAAGAUAAUCGCGAAUAUUAAUAAAUAAACUCGCGGCCCGUGAGUCAUUUAUGACCCACAAGACGAUAUUUUGCGGCCCGCUACAUGACAGAAAAGUUAAGUGUUAAUGCGCCGGCCCGUUUCCCCCAUUCUCAUAUCUAUAUCGUGACUCUCCGCGACGGUUUCAGUCAAAUCUCACCAACUUGUCUAAUUCUCAUUUUGAUUAAUGUAUCUAUAUAUUUUUGUAUGAUAGUUAUAAUGGUAGGAACCGUUUUAAAAUCGGAAUAAUUUUUUUUUAUUACAUAGCUUUUUAUGAGACAAACAUCACAAAGAGUGCGGCUUUGAGAAAUUUUUUAAAAAGUAAUUUGGCGGGUUGACUGCCAUAUUUGUGUAAAUCAUAGCAAUCUGAUACUUUAUUAAAGGAUUCAUAUUAAAAUUACCGCUAGUGUUUACGAGUGAGGUAAAUUCCGGUCACUCAGCCUGGUCACUUUCUAAAUCUUCUUCUUAUGCCUUUUUACCUAGUCUGAAUCUCUACAUUUUUUAGAUUUCAAAACACAGACAGCAACUUUUCAGCUUUUUUCUGACCCUUUCUCCUUUAAUGUGCAAGAUGCCCCGCGCGGGGAGCUGAAUGGAAAAACAGACAAGAAUGGACAUUUUAUUGCAUUGCCAUCCAUCUUCCCUGAAAUGUUUAAGUUGUUCAAGUGGAACAUACGACUUUUUGGGAGUACCUAACUGUGUGAAAAACUCUUUUCCACCAUGCACUUUAACAAGUCAAAGUUCAGGGCUAUACUUACUGUUAAGGAUCUUCAAGCUAUACUGAGAGUCUUAGUUGUUUCCUCACUCAAGCCAAAAUUGCUUAGCUGUGUAAAAAAAAGCGCUUCCAGGUCUCUGGCAACAGUGAGUAGGUGGAUGAAUCCUAUUUCUUGAGAACACUUAAUGUUUUUAUUGUUAUCUAUAAAGGUUGAGAAGAUUGUAACAGUUGUAAUCGCCUUUUUGUGGAAUACUUGAUGUGGCCCAGUCUCACUCAGACACUACGUCCUGCCCCCCCCCCGCCCCCCCUGAUGAUUUGAGUUUGAGACCCUUGAUCUAAUGAAUACUUUGGAUUUUACCAUUUUAAUAUAAUAGUAAUUUAAAUUGCUCUACAAUUUUUUUAAACUUAGUAUGGUAUUAAAAAAUUGGCAAAAAUUGGAUAAAAAGGGGGGGGGGGAAUUAAUGCAAAAUAGACUCUUGAGUGCCUUUGCAUUUAUAAUAUAAUUACAACCUAGAACAUAUACCUACAACAAUAAUUGUGGCUCUAAUAGAGCCAAAUAGCACCAAAAUAUAUGUUAUUGAGGCUAUAAAAAUAUCACCACAACGUUUCGCUGUUUGCUUAAUACUAAUGCUUUGUGUUUUCAUAAAUAGCUUGCAAGAUAUCACUGUAUCAAUAUUCAACCUAGUAACACCAAACUAGUCUUUCCGUGCUGACGUAGUUUGUUCUUAAUGAUCGGUUUGUUAGUUCUUAAAGUGCGAUGAGUUUAUUCAUAAAGAUCGCUUAAUUUGUUCUUAAAGAUCACUUAGUUUGUUGUUAAAGAUCGUUCAGUGUUUUAAUGAUCGCUUUAUUUGUUCUUAAAGCUCGGUGAGUUUGUUAUUAAAGAUCAUUAAGUUUGUUCAAAAAAGUUUUUUCUUAAAGAUCGCUAAGCUUGUGUUAUUAAAAGAUCCUUUAGUUUGUUCAUAAAGAUUGCUAAGUUUGUUCUUAAAGAUCAUUGAUUUAGAUCUUAAAUAUCGCUUAGUUGUUUUUAUAGAUCAUUCAGUUUGCUCUUAAAGAUCAUUUAGUUUGUUUGUAUAGAUAUUUUAGUUUGUUAUUAAAAAUCCUUUAGUUUGUUCUUAAAGAUCACUUAUUUUGUUGUUAAAGAUCGUUUAGUUUUUCAUAAAGAUCGCUUAGUUCGUUCUGAUAGAUAAUUGAUUUUGUUCCUUAAGGUCGAUUAGUUUGUUCUUAAAGAUCUCUUAGUUUGUUCCCAAAGAACAUUUAGUUUCUGUUAAAUAUGGCUUAAUUUAUUCUUAUGAAUCAUUUAGUUUACUAUUAAAGAUCAUUUGUUUUGUUAUUAAAGAUCAUUAAGUUUAUUUCUAAAAAUCGUUUGUUUUAAAGAUUGUUCUUAAAAAGUGCUUAGUUUGUUUUAAAGAUCGUUUAGUUUGUUCUUAACGAUCGCUUAAUUUGUUCUUAAAGAUCGCUUAGUUUGUUCUUAAAUGUCGCUUAAUUUGUUGUUAAAUAUCUCUUUCGCUGAGUAUUAGAUGACCGAAAAUCUCAGUCACUUUCGGCCGUAUGACCGAAAGUCUAAGUCAAUUUCGACCGAAACCGAAAAAACCCCGAAAGUUAACUUUUCUCUUUCGGCCGAAACCGAAAUUAAGCCGAAAGUUAACUUUUCAGUUUCGGCCGAAACCGAAACUUGGUCGAAAGUGAUAAAAUGGCCACUUUAGGCGUCGAAACCGAAGCCGAAGCCGCAAUUCGGUCGGUCUCGACAGACGACACACCUUAACAAAUCACACAUAUUUAAAAUGGUGCUAUGAGACGUUUGCCCACUCGUCUCUGGUGCAAUGGGACAUGUGUCCACCGAUCCCUGGUGCAUUGGGACAUUUGGUCACUGGGGCCCCGGGCAAGCUUAUUUUUGCGCCCCUUUUAACUAUAAUCAUAAAGAUUUGCAAGGAAAAAAUUAGAGAUUAGGUAAUGAGUUAUAAUAGUUAGUUUUUUAACAAACAGUUAACAAUGAUAUUCUUUUUUUCUAUUGUAAUUUUAUAGUAUAAACAAUUAGCUUACAUGACAGUUGUUUGUCGCCUUUAAAUCAGUAAAUCUUGUUAUGGCAGUUUCUAUAUUUUGGUACAUUGCAAUAUAUUUUUGUAUAGGCACAAUUGCCAAAGAAUAAAUUCUGUCUUGAGACAUGAUGAUAGUGAAUAUGUAUUUAAAUUUGUAAAGCUUCUCUCGCCAGCGGCUAAAGUAAUAGAUAUUGUAAGCAUUCUUCUUAAUACUAUUCACAGAUUUGGCAUGACAUCCUGUAAGUUAUUUGUGUUUAUGACUUCACUGGCUACUAUUGGAAACGCAACAACAUUAGGAAAUAAUUCUUUGGCUACAUAUGGUUCAGUUAACAGAUCACAUCCAUUUCUAUCACUAUUUUCUGGAUACUUUAGGUACAAUUAUUUCAAAAUUCUAUUUAAAAUAAUAAUCCUAAAAUUCGGACAUUCCAAAAAAAAAAGCACCAUUAUCUCCUGAAUGCUUUUAAACAUCAAGAAAUGUUUUGUAGUAAUUAUCGUCCUAAGAUUGCCUAGUGCUUUGACAAAUGAACUCACUAGAUAACGCUCUUUCAGUAAUCAGUUGUAGCAGUAUUACCGUAAUAUUUCGCCCACCGUAUAGUCAACGUGUGUGUAUAUGUGUGUGAUGUGUCCCUCUCCUCCCACCCCACCCCCCCCUUUUGACAACGCCAGUGGUUCCACAAAUAUUUUUGUCUUCCCUGCGCCAAUACCAAAUGUAGGUUUUCACCAGGCGCCAUUUGGUGAAUUCUUACAAGUAUAUUUUGAAAAAGCGAACAUCUUAAAAAGAUAAACUAAAGGGUUGGUAAAAUGCAUUAUUUGUAGACAAUAGUUGCUCAAGUGUUUGCAUCAAGACGGCUUUGAUGAGCAGUGUAAAUACAAUUAAGAAAGGUGUAAUAUUUCAGCGCCUCUAUAAGGAAGCGGAAGCAACCUAUUGCCGCCACCCCGAACGACUAAAGUCGCAGAGCAAGCAGUCUACCGAUGAGCAAUACGCUGACAAACCAACCACCGUCGCUUCCGUAAAAUUGAAGUCACUGUCACGAGAAACGGUUGGCAAAGAUAAAAGAACUCAAAACAAGCUGUCACUUCCUGUCCUCGAUCAUAUCAUUUAUGUAGUAAGGUAGACAUACAUUUGGGAAUGGCAAUUAUUUUCCUUCCCCGGCGCCCUCAAGUAAUGCUUUUUCAUGUUUUUCAAGAUCGCCGAUGGCGCCCUAAACAUACGGUUCCACGGGAAACUGCCAGAGUUGCCCUGUGUCUUGAGCUGGUCCUGCACAUACUUUUUAAAACACUUGUUAUGUAGCAUACUUUUCCCGUGCGUGAACUUUCCUUGACCUCACAUUAGACUCCUAGCAGACAGUAAAGUCUGUUGUCGGCUUGGUUAAAUCUCUUUGAUGUAUCUUUUUUACAAACAACUUCCAAUUAAACUUGGGAAGUAUGUCUACUUGUAUCUUGUCGAAGGUUCUUGAUUGUUUUCGAACAGUAAGGGCGUUUCUAGACGCGUCGGUAGACCCACAUAUAUAAGGGAUUGACAGGCACAGAGAGGGACGGAGAUUGAUACAUAUUUUUAACUUCACGAGGCGAGUAUUAUUCUUUGUGUACUUGUAUGUGUGUAUUCGCAUUCUUCAUUCAUCAUUAUUCAUUGGCACAAUGUACUAAUUGUGUACCUGUACAAGAUUUUUCCCAUACUCUGUAAGUUGAUGAUUUGUAAUGAUAUUUCUUUUGUAUUAUUACUAAAUUAAAUCUUAUUAAUUGUAAUUGGUACUGUUUUGGGUGUCGUAUUUUUUUGUUAUUGUAUUUCUCUAUGAUAUCGUCCUUUGUUAGGCACUGUUUGAUGAGCCAUACAUUUAAAAUAGAAGAUUAAUUUCUCACUAUAGAAGGCACUGGUUUCAUGAAAAUAUUCCUGGUUUCAAGAAAUUCCUAGUUUUUUCAGUCUUUCCAGACUGCAAGAGAAAAAAAUCAAACGUUAGUAUUAGAGAACGACCAAAUUUCGGCUGCGGCUUCUGUUUCGGCACCGAAAGUGGCAAGUUGAUCAAUUUCAGUGGGCUUCGGAGGACGAAAUCCACAUGGCCUGGGAUUAUACUUCGUGGUAGCCACAAUCGCACUUAUUGAAAAGUCCGCCUUGCCCUGGUGGUCAAGGCGGACUUUUCAAUAAAUGCGAUUGUGGCUACCACGAACACCGCCAGCCGGGUCAAUUUGGAACACAGACUUAUCCUGACUUACGGCACUUUGACGCCAGAUGGGAUUAAUUUUAUGUCACUGUUCACAGCUUGACCCUAGCUCCGCCCCUCCACAUUCUGACCUAUCACAGUGAACAUUUUUCUCCCCCUUUUUUUCGCCGCUGCUUAUUUAAACUCUCACUCAUUUUCCUUCUGCCACACUUCUAUUGCUGCCCACAGAUACUACUUACCAGCUAAGUGCUUUUUCUUAUUUUUAUACCGUUUUUUCUGUUGUUUUGUUCGCUGACGAAGGCUUUCUGCCGACACGUUCGCUGUUUUGUUGCGUUUAUUUUUUCAGGUUUAACCCUACUCUGUUUUCCUCAUUUUAUUUUGUACUAACCUGAUUGCAGUCUUUCCCCUUAUUACCCCUUUACAAUUUGGACAGGUUAUUGCUAGUUUACAAUUUGGACAGGUUAUUGCUAGUUUACAAUUUUGACAGGUUAUUGCUAGUUUACAAUUAUUCUAAUUAAGGAAAUUAGAAAAAACUUUUUAUCAUGUAAUAUUAGAAUCACAUACCAAUCUGGUGUUUUAUUUAAUCAAAUGCGAUUUUACUUUUUUGUAAAGUAAGCAUAACUGCAUUUGCACUGUAAUUUUGCAGCCUUUUCUUUAGUACUGUCUUUCACUGAACUAUUUAAUAACAAGAAAAUAUCACCCGAUGUCAUCAAGAUUAUGAUGACAGUCACUUUGCGAUAAUUUCCACCUGCUAUUGCAAAAACUUAUCAAAAUUACGUAUUUCGAAAAGAAGUAUCUAUUUAAUAAUGUUUACGUUUCUAACAUCAUUAAAAGUUUUAAGAAGUAUUUUUCUGCUAUAUAUUAUACACCUACCCUAACCCUUUUCGCGCCCCUAAACUACAUUUUUCCCUCUAAAUAUGAUCUUAAAUUACCAAAUAAAGAAUCACUAAUUAAAUCAUUAUUGUCACCAUAGGAUUUCAUUUUGUAGCUGAUUGAUCUUCAGUGCAAUUCUAAGUUCAUAGAUAGUUUAUGAGAGCAUUGCCCUCCACCUUCACUGAGAUUUCCAGGUUUUCCCUUGCGGAUCAUAUGACUUUUUGGGGUAACCUAUCUGUGUGAAAAGCUCUUUUCCACUAUGAAUGUUAACAAGUCAAAAUUCAGGUCCAAACUUAUUGGUGAGCAACUUCAAGAUAUACUUAGGGUCUCGGUUGCUUUCUCACUCAAGCCAAAGCUGUAUAAAAAGAAGCGCUGCCAGGUCUCUGAGUAGGAGGACGUAAGUGAAGCCUAGUUCUUUAGAACCUUUUUUUAUUUUUAUUUGUCAUUUAUAAAGGUUGAGCAGAUUGUAACAAUUGUACUUUAAUGAAUUUGUAAAAGCUUUUUUGCGUGGAAUACUUGAUGCGGCUCAGUCUCAUUCAGAAUCUACCUCAUACGGCCGUGGGAUGAUUUGACUUUGAGACCCCUGGGCUAUCGGGUUUCGCAGCACUGAUUGACUUACAUGACAAUUUCUUAUUAAAAGUAUAUUUAAAGUUAAGUUUUUAUUACUUUAUAAAUUUAAAUGAAUAAAAGUAUAUUUUUGGAAUGAAAAAAAAAUUAAAUGUUAAAAAAUACAAAGCUAUUUGUGUGUUUGAUAUUAACAAGUUAAAAAGCAAUAAAUUAUAUUUAUUAUUUUUACUUUUAAAAAUGGGAAGAUACAUUAUACGUUUUGUCAUGUGCGAUUAUUAAUUCAGAGACACUUAGAGCUUUGGCUUAAAUAGGCAAUUCAAGCUAUUACGUCAUUUGCGUGUUUAUUUAGAUCAAAUUAAUUUUAAUUGUAUUUCAAAAAAUUAACAACGCACUUAAAACAUACUAAAAACAAUUUAUUUUUUGGUAUUGCAUGUUAGAUGUGCUUGUGAUGUCAUUCUUAGAAACAAUUUUUUGUGUUUCAUUUUUUACUACAGCUGUUGUUAUAAUGUAUAAUAAUACUGCUUACAGUUUUACUUAAAUAAAAGCGGAUAUAUUUUAUUUUUUGCGAAUUUAAAUUUAUUCGAUUACCGUAACAAUAAUAGAAAUCAACGAUCAUUGUUUUUAAGAACCCGAACGUAUUUAAAUCGCUGCGUUUUUUUUUUUUUUUUUUUUUUUUUGUUUUUUUUUCCCCUCUCUUCUUUUUUUUUUUUUUUUUUUAUUCGCCGCGCGUUUUUUUCUUGCUUUUUUUUUUUUUUUUUUUUUUUUUUUGGCAUUAUGCUCAGCCUAGCUCAUUUUUAUAUGUAUAAUCUUUGUCCCAUAACAUCCACACUGCCCUUCACCUUUUUUCUAAAGAUGAAUCCAUAAGCAAGAGCCCGCACGGGAAGCCGGGAACUCCCGUAUGUAGAAACAAGUCAGACAAACCUAUAGCUUAACUAUAUGACCCGAUAAGAAGAUUACUCAGCGGUGACCUCGUCAUUGGAGUGUUGAAGAGGUGGAUAAAAGAUUGUCAUUACUAGCGUUAGUUAAGUCGGAUGCUAUUUGACUCGUUAUUUGAUGACGUUUGUCGGAGUCGUCAUUCAAUUAAUGUCGUAACUCGAAGCGUCUAUUAUCUCUACAUUGAUCUAAAAUGUCCAUGGACAGCAUUUAAUUGAUGACUGUGACAAGGUAUUUCUUUAAGAUUUGCUCAGUGAGUACAAAUAUGAAGAAGCAUCAUAAAGUCGUUGGUAAUUGACAAGUAUUGAUUCCUUGAUGCCGUCCUCAGGCGUUAAGCAAAUACUGUCCAGUGAAGUGUGACUUUACUAAGCUCAGUACACAGUACACAUUUCUGAUGGGGUAAAUGUAUGGUAAAACUAAAAUAAGUUCAUCUUAUUGACGAGCCAAGCCCAUCUUAAACGAUGCUUAAUACAUAUUAUAAUAAACUAAGUACAUCUUUACUAUACUAAGUACAUCUUUACUAAACUUAGUAUAUAUUUACUAAACUAAGUAUAUCUUUACUAAACUAAGAACAUCUUUACUGAACCAAGAAUAUUUUUACUAAACUUAGAACACCUUUACUUAACUUAGUACAUCUUUACUAAACUUAGUACAUCUUUACUAAACUUAGUACAUCUUUACUAAACUUAGUACAUCGUUACUAAACUUAGUACAUCUUUACUAAACUUAGUACAUCUUUACUAAACUUAGUACAUCGUUACUAAACUUAGUACAUCUUUACUAAACUUAGAACAUCUUUACUAAACUAAUGCAGCGUUACAAUACUGUUGUUCUAGUGUGUAAUAAGGGGGAUAGUCUGCAAUCAGUUUAGGGAAAAAGGAAAUAAAAAUUUAAAAAAAAACAAAGUAUGCGAACACCUGAAAAAAAGGAAGACAGUUCAGCUAAGUGCUACUUUGUAAAGGGAACACAGUUCAGCUAAGUGCUACUUUGUAAAGGGAACACAGUUCAGCUAAGUGCUACUUUGUAAAGGGAACACAGUUCAGCUAAGUGCUACUUUGUAAAGGGAACACAGUUCAGCUAAGUGCUACUUUGUAAAGGGAACACAGUUCAGCUAAGUGCUACUUUGUAAAGGGAACACAGUUCAGCUAAGUGCUACUUUGUACAAGGAACACAGUUCAGCUAAGUGCUACUUUGUACAAGGAACACAGUUCAGCUAAGUGCUACUUUGUACAAGGAACACAGUUCAGCUAAGUGCUACUUUGUACAAGGAACACAGUUCAGCUAAGUGCUACUUUGUACAAGGAACACAGUUCAGCUAAGUGCUACUUUGUAAAGGGAACACAGUUCAGCUAAGUGCUACUUUGUACAAGGAACACAGUUCAGCUAAGUGCUACUUUGUAAAGGGAACACAGUUCAGCUAAGUGCUACUUUGUACAAGGGAACACAGUUCAGCUAAGUGCUACUUUGUAAAGGGAACACAGUUCAGCUAAGUGCUACUUUGUAAAGGGAACACAGUUCAGCUAAGUGCUACUUUGUACAAGGAUCACAGUUCAGCUAAGUGCUACUUUGUAAAGGGAACACAGUUCAGCUAAGUGCUACUUUGUACAAGGAACACAGUUCAGCUAAGUGCUACUUUGUAAAGGGAACACAGUUCAGCUAAGUGCUACUUUGUACAAGGAACACAGUUCAGCUAAGUGCUACUUUGUACAAGGAACACAGUUCAGCUAAGUGCUACUUUGUACAAGGAACACAGUUCAGCUAAGUGCUACUUUGUAAAUUUUAAGUCGGUUUUGUGUGUUGUUUUGUUCGCUGACGAAUGCUUCGUGACGACAAGUUCGUUGUUUUGUUCGCUGACGAAGGCUUCCUGACGACAAGUUCGUUGUUUUGUUCGCUGAUGAAGGCUUCCUGACGACAAGUUCGUUGUUUUGUUCGCUGACGAAGGCUUCCUGAUGACAAGUUCGUUGUUUUGUUCGCUGACGAAGGCUUCCUGACGACAAGUUCGUUGUUUUGUUCGCUGACGAAGGCUUCCUGACAACAAGUUCGUUGUUUUGUUCCCGGACGAAGGCUUCCUGACAAGUUCGUUGUUUUGUUCACUGACGAAGGCUUCCUGACGACAAGUUCGUUGUUUUGUUGCGUUUUUCCUCCAGGUUUUCCACAUACUUCGUUUUAUUCAUUUCUUUUUCUUGUUGUGUGACUUUCUGUUCUUGAUUGUAAAGUUACAUAUCGUUGUGUUUAUGUUUGUUUAUUGUGUGGAAUUUUCCUUGAGACUUAAUUUGACCUUACUGUUUUCUUUUCUUUUAAAGACGCAAGCAGUAUUAAAAGUUUCUAACAUCAUUAAAUGGAGUAUGGAUGUAGGGGAGCUCAUUCAUUACAUGCAGGUUGAACGUGGAUACACCGCUCUUCAUUUCAUCACUGCAAGGGAAACGAAAAUUAAUCAGCUUGUUGGAGAGAUAAGAAUGUUGGUCAAAGAAAGUUUCACGUAAGUUUCACAACAUUAAUUCUAUGAACAUGUUCACCUAUUCUAUAAUAUGUAAGUGUGAUCAUUGUAUUAAUGCUUAGAUUUCUGCACUAUGAAGAAUGACCUUUUUGAACACCUUCAAACAAAAGUCUUUUGUCCUAAAAAAAUCAAAAUUGUAUGCCCCACACUGUGGGACCUUCCAACUGCUCAGACCUAACCAGUAGGGACGACCUAUCCACUUGUGGAAACUAUCCACUGGUGUGACCUAUCAACUGGUAUGACCUAUUCACUGGUUAGACAUAUCAACUGGUACGACCUAUCCACUAGUGCGACCUAUCAACUGAGUUCAACCUAAACGUGAACAUAUACAGUAAAUAAUCCUUAUAUCUGUAUAUUAUGCCUAGAUCAGUUUGUGUAACUAAUCUUUAACAAAUAUAUGCCAUUGAUGCACACUCACAUAUUUAUGGACAUAACAUUUGAUACGCUUUAAAUAAAACAUGCUACAUCGGCGUCUAUAUUAGAAAUUUCAGAACAGGUAAAACUAAAGCUAAAUAAGCUACCAACAGGUAAAACUGAAGCUCAUUAAGCUACCAAAAAGGUAAAACUGGAGCUCACUGAGCUACCAAAAAGGUAAAUCGGAAGCUCAUUAAGCUACCAACAGGUAAAUCUGAAGCUCAUUAAGCUACCAAGAAGGUAGAACUGAAUUGCAUUAAGCUUACAACUAAUAAAACUGGAGCUCAUUAUUUAUUUAUUUAUUUAUUUAGACAUUUUUAUAUAGCGCUUAUCAUAAAGCUCUAAGCGCUUUACAAUUAUUAAAACAUGUAAACUAAGUAAAUACAAAUGAGACACUAGGAUAGUAACUACUAUAACAAUUAUUAAAACAUGUAAACUAAGUAAAUACAAAUGAGACACUAGGAUAGUAACUACUAUUCUAUAGAAACAAUGAAAAUGGCUAUAAAACGAGGACACUUUGACACUUCAGGAUCAACCCGAAAUAGAAAAUGAGGUAGGGCAAGCAGGGUGCAUCACAGGUCAUAGGCGGACCUAAACAGAUGAGUUUUAAGGGACUUUUUGAAAAUGGAAAAUUUUUGAAAACUAAGCUUACAACUAAUUAACUGGAUCUCAUUAAGCUUACAACUAAUAAAACUGGAGCUCAUUAAGCUUACAACUAAUAAAAGUUGAGCUCAUUAAGCUUACAACUAAUUAACUGGAUCUCAUUAAGCUUACAACUAAUAAAACUGGAGCUCAUUAAGCUUACAACUAAUAAAACUGGAGCUCAUUAAGCUUACAAUAGGUACAAAUGAAGCUCAUUAAGCUUACAAUAGGUACAAAUGAAGCUCAUUAAGCUUACAAUAGGUACAAAUGAAGCUCAUUAAGCUUACAAUAGGUACAAAUGAAGCUCAUUAAGUUUCCAACAGGUGAAACCAGAGCUCGUAAAGCUUCCUAUAGGUAUAACUGAAGAUCAUAAAGCUUCCAGCAGGUAAAACUGGAGCUCGUUAAGCUUCAAAAAGGUAAAACUGGAGCUCGUAAAGCUUCCUAUAGGUAAGACUGAAGAUCAUUAAGCUUCAAACAGGUAAAACUGGAGCUCGUUAAGCUUUCAACAGGUAAAACGGGAGCUCGUAAAGCUUCCUAUAGGUAAAACUGAAGAUCAUUAAGCUUCCAACAGGUAAAACUGGAGCUCGUUAAGCUUCCAACAAGUAAAACUGGAGCUCGUAAAGCUUCCUAUAGGUAAAACUGAAGAUCAUUAAGCUUCCAACAGGUAAAACUAGAGCUCGUUAAGCUUCCAACAGGUAAAAGAGUUUUGUGUUAAUCGUCCGGUUUUUGAGGAAACCGGAGAUUCACCUGUACAUGUUCGCGGUUACUCCCAACUUCUGCAAUUUCAACAAUAGACCGGACCUCCAAACUCGGUCGUAGGCUUGUUUGAGGUCGAAAAAUACAGCCACUGUAUUUGAUUUUUUCUGGAGCCCAUCUGUUAUGGACUGGAGAAGACGGAGCACUUGGUCCACAGGCUGCAUUCCCUUGCGGAAGCCCGCCUGUAUUGGGCUGAGACUCUUAGUGCUCUCCAAGUGCCAGUAAAGUCUCUGGUUGACCAUUCUCGCGGCUACCUUCCCUAACAUCGAUGUUAGAGAGAUCGGACGGUAGCCGGUCGGUUUAUCGAGUUUCUUCCCUUCUUUGGGAAUAGGGACGAUGGUAGCGCUAAGCCAAGCUCUGGGUAGGAUUCCCGUUACCCACGAUCUGUUUAUGAUUUUCAAUAGCUCUCUCCUAGCUAUUGGGCCAAAGUUUUUAAUCAUCUCAUUGCAGAUCUUGUCCGGACCUGGUGCCUUGGCGGCGUCGCACUUGUCAAUGGCGAUUUGCAAUUCAACCAUAGUGAAAGGCGCGGUGAAGACUUCUGCAUGCGGCCCCCACUCCUGGGCCACUUCUCCAUUUCGCCGGAGACGGUUAAGGUUCUGGCUCUCUCUGGUCUCUUUCUGCUUCCAAUUGAUCUUUGCAAAAUGCUUGUUUAGGGCAUCGGAACUUUUGGCAUCUGUGGUAGCCGUGCCUGUCGUCGUUUGCAACGGACGCAGAUUUCUGACUUUUCCCGUGCAGGAUAAUGAGUCUAUCAAUCGCCAGACCUUUUUGCCGUCUUUCAGGUCAAGUUUUCCGCACGUACUAACCCAUUUUUCCUUUUUCGCCCUAUCAACCUCCUUCCAGACCUCUGCCGUCAGUCUGUUGUAAGCAUCGGCCGUCUUCAACUUUCCGGCUUUUGUCCGGGCUCUCUUUCGUUCACGGACCAUUUUAGCCAGCCUCUUGUUCCAAAAGGGGCGGAACUUGCGGUUCCCGUUAGUUCUCGGAAUUGUUUGCUUUGCCACUGUGAGGAUACCACUCACAAAGUCGUUGUAUGCAGCAUCAGUGCUUUUGGGUGUAUUGGGAGUCUCUGUUGACUCCGCAAUCAUACGUUCUGUUCGCUCCUGGAACAGGGACCACUUGGCUUUACCAAACAGCCAGUGUUUCCUAGCAAACCUAGGUUUUGCAAGCGCAAGACAAAUUGUAAUGAGGGUAGGUUUGUGGUCACUGCCAAUCUCAUCUAGGACUUCGCACUGAGUCCUCGCCUCGAGCUCAGCAGAGACCAGUGUAACGUCGGGGCGUGACAGGGCGCUAUUGCCCGUGUGAAGCAGUGUAGGUUCACUGUCACCAUUUUGCAGUCUGAUGAGAUUGGUUGAUAGCUCAACCUCCUCUAGGUAGCACCCAGAGGCGUUAGUGUCGGGAUAACCCAUAUCCCCCAUAUGGGCGUUAAAGUCCCAGCUAUAAUCCUAUCGCUAAAGAUUGUAGUGCCCUGCAAGGGCAGGCACAGAGUGUUUCUCGGAGUGUUAUAAAUCUUGCUGAUGGUAAAGGACUUACCACCUAUGACUACCAGAGUAUCCGUCCCACCAAUGUUUUUGCUCUCUACAAGCUCCGCUGUGAGGUGGUUUUUCACGAGAGUUACCAGACCUCGGCACCUUACGCAGGUGCAGCGGUAGACCGAGAAGCCCGAGAUGUGCAAUGGGUGCUUCUUCAGUAGGGUCUCUUGCAGUAGAGCCACGUCCACAUCCCGAUUGUGGAGUAAUUUGGUGAGUUCGGUUAUUUUCCCUCUGACCCCGUUGCAGUUAAGCUGCAUAACUACUAAAGUUUUGGGGAGGUGACCAGCGGCACCUUGCCUAGUGCCCCCAGUAGCACAAAAGCCUGCAGUCGGCCUGAGCCCCGUCACCGAUCUGCAGGGGAGGAGGGGAUUCGAGUGUCCCUCAGUUUGAGUCAUGUGUUUUUUUACUAGCCAUGUAAAAAGAAUAAUAACUAGGCUUUAUUUUCUUACCUUCUCUCGGGUGAAAGUUACAAGUAACUUCCCCCCUUCACAUUGGGAGACAGACGUAGAGACGUGAGUUUUUUAGGUUCAGGUAGUCAGGUCUACCCUACUAGUCCGAUGCGCCAACUAGAGGCAAAACUCUUGUGUGUAAAAAAUGCCAUCGCACCAAUACUCAAAAUUUGUGAUCUACUUUAAAGAAGUCUUACGUUAUUAAAAAUAAUAUAAAAGGUAAUUGAUAAUUUCAAUUUCCCUUAGGCAGAAAAUAAAAUAGAUUAGAUGUAUUACCGAGUAACGCAUUUCUAUCGAUGAGUUGGUAAAAUAUAUCCUUUGAUCAGUCUAGACUCUUUGACUGUAAACAGUACAUAAUAAUGAGAUUAAAUUGAUAGCCUUCUGUGCCUCUUCUCCUUUCACUCUCUUUAAUGCGAACUGUGCCUGUUCCUGGACACUUUGGGAUUCAUUCAGGAUGUGGACUAUUGAUUUGCCAAUUUGAUCUAGAUAGUUUAAAUUAGCUGAGGCUUUCAUCCAGAUAGUUUAAACUAGCAGAGGCGCCCCCUUCGGGGUUAUUUUGUCUCACGGGGCGUCAAGUUGACAACAUAAAUGAACACUUCACACGUUCUUGUGUUAUGAGCAAAGCUAUACGCACCGCGCCCAGGAAAGACUUUCAUUUGUCUGCACCAAUAGAACAGUCAACUUUCAUGACUGACUGAUCUUGAUUUCUUGUGUAUAACUCAUAUAAGGAUGAACACGAACGUUAAUCUCCGGCUAAGGGCAUUCCCAAUGUUCAGAAAUGCAAUUUGUCAUCCUGCACAAUAUCAGAAACAUCUGAAAAGGGAAAAAAAUUAAUUAAUUCACAAAUCCAUCACAAUUACGGCCAUCUCAGCACUUAUGACAUAGAACAUCCAAUAACUACAAUAAGGAUAUGGAAAGUGAUGGGAUAAUGAAAGUUUUCACUAAACAAGCACAGUAUUUAUUUGAAAGGCAGCAGAGUAACAUUGAGGAUAAGAUUACUGUUAUAUUUCAACCCACCACAUUUAUCAUUCCUAUCCUGCACGCCAGCAACUUUCAGUUCACGUUACCAGUUUCAACAUGAGAUAGACGUUCACAUCACGUCUUGUCUGUUAGGACUUUGAGUAAUGUUUGACAGGAAAGCAAGAGCACUAGGCUUACUUACAAAUUUUAGGAUGACUGGCCCAGCACGAAGUGGAUUAUAUAAGGGACUUAAAGCAUAGGAAAAUAAGCAGUGCUCAUAAUCGGGCCACUGAGCUACGAGUGAGAGCUCAAUUAAUCACGUUAUAAUAAAAUCAACAGAUCGCUGUUGAAAAGUUUUAAACAAUAUAUGCAACUGUUUCCAAUAACUUGAACUCUACCAUUUCGCGUUUUGUCAUUUUUAUACAGGUCUGUACAUGUUACCACAUGUUACUACAUGUAAAGUAUAGUACAUUAUAGUAUAGUAAAGUAUAAUUCGGAUGAGUCAAUAUCAAAAUAGUAUUGUGUAUUUACAGGUUUAUGUGUGAUUCCAAGUAACGAAAUAAUUAAAUUUGAAAAUAAACAUAACAUUUUGUCAAUGAGAGAAGAAUGCUCUUCAUAAGAAAAGGAUAAAUGGAUACUAGACAAUGACAACGUAAAAUAGCCACACAAUAGCAAUGAAAUAAACAUUAAUUUCAGUGCACUGUAUAAAACGCUUUUCUUGUAUGUCUGAAACUAAUGACCGCAUUGUCUACUUGACAAAUUUGUACUACAAACACGCCCAAUAAGUUUGGUGGAACUGAAAUUUGUUGGCACGGAAAUUUGGUGGAACGGAAAUUUGGUCGAACAAAAUUCCUUUAAUCCAAAUUUUCUUUGAUCAAAUUUCAGUCGACCAAACUUCUUUCACGCCAUAUCUGGAAAAGCCACUAAAUGACAUACAAAGUAAAUGGAACAAUGUAAAUAUUGCAAUUGAUCUUACUUUUUCAAAAAUUCCUUGGAUUAAUAAAUGGUUAGGACUUUCUGACGAUGAAUCUUUUAUUUAUGUCAUCGUUAGAUGAAUAAGGUUUUUACGGUUGUUGAUCAACCAGUGAAUCUCAUUUAAUACGUCUGCAAUACUCACGCGUUGUUUAGACUUCCGUAUGAAAUUGUAUAUGACUUCUUCAAUUAAAAUGUUCAAAAAUGAUAGUCUUUUGUUACUAUAUUUUAAUAAAAUGAACUACAAACUGUAGUAGCUAUAGAACCCUUGAUAUUCAGAACACUUAAUGUUUGGAGCCACUGAUUUUAGAACCCUGAUAUUAGGAACAGCAGAUAUUUAGAACCCAAAUGUGUAGAACAAUUGGCCCCUGAAGUUUAGAAACCAAAUGUGUAGAACAAUGGGCCCCUGAUGUUUAGAAUCCCUUAUGUUCAGAAGCCUCAAGACUCUAGCCUCAUGUAUUUAGAUCCUCUUCUGUUUGAGACUGCAUGUCAGGUGCACAUUAGUCGGUCCUUGUCCCAGAAAUAUCAAAGAAACACAACAACAGUAGCGGAGAUUUUGUCAAAGGCCUGGGAUUGAAAGAAUUGGGUCAGAUUAGAUGAGCUCUGGCAGCUUCUGUUAGAUCUGUAACCUACGACGGAUGUCUUGUUUGGAAUUGAUUUGGACAUCUAGAAGGCUAAUCCUGUUCCAUGUAUAAUGUAUGUUUUACUUAAUGGGUUUUCUUCUCAGUUCAGAGGAUUAAAAGUCUGUUUAUAAGGAAGAAUUAAACUAAAUCAAUUCUUAAGUCAAUGGCAAUCGUAGCUCUAUGAGUUCACACAAGUUUUAGGCCGUAGCUGAAAGAGAAGUCUUUAAGUUGUGUAAAUACAUCGUCAACACGACAGACGUUCUUAAGCUUUAUUAUGUAAAAAGCGAUUUACAUUCAACUAUUUUACAAGCCAAUAUUUUUUAUUGUGAAAAAAAGUUAAAACUUCAUUGGAUAGUUCUCCCACGUUGUUUUUUUUUUUUUUUUGGUUUUUUUUUUGGUUUUACUGUGCAAAUAAAACUCUUAGAAAUAGGUCAAAUUAAUUUUUAUAUAUAAUAUUUUUUGUGAAAAAAAUUUAAAACUUCAUUUGAUAGUUAUUCCACGUUUUUUUUUUUUUUUUUUGGUUUUUUUUUUGGUUUUACUGUGCAGAUAAAACUCUUAGAAAUAGGUCAAAUUAAUUUUUAUAUAUAAUGAGUGAUUAAUUAUAACUUUAAGCGCUUAUUUAUCUGGUUUAAUGUGGUUCGUUCUUAACGGUGACACAUAUUUCAAAGUCAUUAAAUAAAUUUAGACAUUUGUUUUGCAGUUUCGAAUGUGUUCGAAGGAAAUUCUUAUCACCCUUUUUGUAAGGAAUCUGCUUCUUCAGUUGUGUUCUAAAGUAAACACAAGUAAAAAAAUAUAUACAAAAAAAACAAACUGUCAACAUUAAUAUUCCUUACAGAAGCACGGACCAGCGAAUAGAUGCCCUUAAUGCGUGGCCGUUGGAAGGUAACCCAGCCUAUGGCAACAUAAGUGACUUUAGUGAGUUUAAGGGUCAGCUGAACGAUUACAGAAAGAAAUUGUUU